AUGUGGUUCCCUGAGGCUGGGUGCUCACAAAGCGUGGCUGGGUCAACUUUGCAGAUAAGGAGCAAAAAGAAUGCAGUCUUGCCCAGCCUCGUGUGUGCCCAGCAAGCCUGCUCCCGUGGGGCCUGCUAUCCGCCUGUUGGGGACCUGCUCAUUGGGAGGACCCGGUUUCUCCGAGCUUCAUCCACUUGUGGACUGACCAAGCCUGAGACCUACUGCACCCAGUAUGGCGAGUGGCAGAUGAAAUGCUGCAAGUGCGACUCCAGGUUGCCUCACAAUUACAAUAGUCACCGGGUGGAGAACGUGGUUUCAUCCUCAGGCCCCGUGCGCUGGUGGCAGUCACAGAACGAUGUGAACCCUGUCUCUCUGCAGCUGGACCUGGACAAGAGAUUCCAGCUUCAAGACAUCAUGAUGGAUUUUAAGGGGCCCAUGCCCGCCGGGAUGCUGAUCGAGCACUCCUCAGACUUCGGCAAGACCUGGCAGGUGUACCAGUACCUGGCUGCCGACUGCACCUCCACCUUCCCCCGUGUCCGCCAGGGCCAGCCUCAGAGCUGGCGGGAUGUUCGGUGCCAGUCCCUGCCCCAGAGACCUAACGGGCACCUAGAAGGGGGGAAGGUCCAACUUAACCUCAUGGAUUUAGCCUCUGGGAUUCCAGCAACCCAAAGUCAAAAAAUUCAAGAGCUGGGCGAGAUCACAAACUUGAGAGUCAACUUCACCAAGCUGGCCCCUUUACCCCAGAGGGGCUCCUAUCCCCCCAGCGCCUACUAUGCAGUGUCCCAGCUGCGUCUACAGGGGAGCUGCUUCUGUCACGGCCACGCUGACCGCUGCGCCGCCAAGCCUGGAGCCCCUGCCAGCCCCUCCACCACUGUGCAGGUCCAUGAGGUCUGCGUCUGCCAGCACAACACCGCCGGUCCCAAUUGUGAACGCUGUGCCCCCUUCUACAACAAUCGACCCUGGAGACCUGCAGAUGACGAGGACCCCCAUGAAUGCCAAAGGUGCGACUGCAAUGGGCACUCAGAGACGUGUCACUUCGACCCAGCUGUGUUUGCCGCCAGCCAGGGGGUACAUGGAGGUGUGUGUGACAACUGCCGGGACCACACCGAGGGCAGGAACUGUGAGCGGUGUCAGCUGCACUAUUUCCGGAACCGGCGUCCUGGUGCUCCCAUUCAGGAGACCUGCAUCCCCUGCGAAUGUGAUCCGGAUGGGGCAGUGCCGGGCGCUCCCUGUGACCCAGUGACCGGGCAGUGCGUGUGCAAGGAGCACGUGCAGGGGGAGCGCUGUGACCUGUGCAAGCCAGGAUUUACAGGACUCACCUACGCCAACCCGCAGGGUUGCCACCGCUGUGACUGCAGCAUCCUGGGGUCCCGGCGGGACAUGCCAUGUGACGAGGAGAGUGGGCGCUGCCUGUGCCUGCCCCAUGUGGUGGGCCCCAAAUGUGACCAGUGUGCUCCCCGCCACUGGAAGCUGGCCAGCGGUCGGGGCUGUGAGCCAUGUGCCUGCGACCCCUACAACUCCCUCAGCCCCCAGUGCAACCAGUUCACAGGGCAGUGCCCUUGUCGGGAAGGGUUUGAUGGCCUGACCUGCAGUGCUGCAGCAAUCCGCCAGUGUCCCGACAGGACCUAUGGAGACGCAGCGGGAUGCCGAGCCUGUGACUGUGACUUCCGGGGAACUGAGGGCCCAGGCUGUGACAAGGCCUCAGGCCGCUGCCUCUGCCGCCCUGGCUUGACCGGGCCCCGCUGUGGCCAGUGCCAGCGAGGCUACUGUGACCGCUACCCGGUAUGCGUGGCCUGCCACCCUUGCUUCCAGAUUUACGACGCCAACCUCCGGGAGCAAGCCCGACGCCUCAGUGGCCUCCGAAACGCCACCACCAGCCUGUGGUCGGGGCCAGGCCUGGAGGACCACGGUCUGGCCUCUCGGAUCCAGGAUACAAAGAGCAAGAUUGAGCAGAUCCAAGCAAUUCUUGGCAGCACCUCAGUCACGGAGCAGGAAGUGGCCCAGGUGGCCAAUGCCAUCUUCUCCAUCAGGCAGACUCUUCAGGGCCUGCAGCUGGAUCUGCCCCUAGAGGAGGAGACCUUGUCCCUCCAGGGAGACCUGGAGAAUCUGGACAGAAGCUUCAAUCGCCUCCUCAUUAUGUAUCAGAACAAGAGGAAGCAGUUUGCAGAACUAAUCAGUGCCAAUCCUUCAGGAGCCUUCCGGAUGCUGACCGCAGCCUACCAGCGGUCAUCCCAGGCUGCUCAGCAGGUCUCUGACAGCUCCCGCCUGCUGCUCCGGCUCAGGGACAGCCGGAGAGAGGCAGAGGGGCUGGCGCAGCAGACAGAAGAAAGUAGGGGAGCUGGUGGCCCCCAACUUGUGGGCCUGAGGCUGGAGAUGGCUUCCUUGCCUGAUCUGACACCCACUAUCAACAAGCUCUGUGGGGGCUCCAGGCAGACGGCCUGUACCCCAAAAGCGUGCCCCGGUGAGCUGUGUCCCCGAGAUAACGGCACGGCCUGUGGCUCCCACUGCAGAGGCGCCCUCCCCAGGGCGGGCGGGGCCUUCCGGACGGCAGGGCAAGUGGUCGAGCAGCUUCGGGGCUUCAGUGCCCAGCUCCAGCAGACCAGGCAGAUGAUCAGGGCAGCCGAGGAAGUCGCCUUGCAGGUGCAAUCAGAUGCUCAGCGCCUGGAGACUCAGGUGACCACCAGCCGCUCCCAGAUGGAGGAAGAUGUCCGGCGCACGCGGCUCCUCAUCCAGCAGGUCCGGGACUUCCUCUCAGACCCUGACACUGACGCAGCUGCCAUCGAGGAGGUCAGCGAGGCCGUGCUGGCCCUGUGGCUGCCCACAGACUCUGCCACAGUCCUGCGGAAGAUGAAUGAGAUCCAGGCCAUUGCAGCUAGGCUGCCCAAUGUGGACCUGGUGCUGUCCCAGACCAAGCAGGACAUUGCUCGGGCUCGUAGGCUCCAGGCUGAGGCUGAGCAGGCCAGGAGCCGCGCCAACGCAGUGGAGGGCCAGGUGGAGGAUGUGGUGGGGAACCUGCAGCAGGGCACCGUGGCACUACAGGAAGCCCAGGACACCAUGCAAGGCACCAGCCGCUCCCUUCGGCUUAUCCAGGACAGAGUUGCUGAGGUUCAGCAGGUACUGGGGCCAGCAGAAAGACUGGUGACCAGCAUGACGGAGCAGCUGGGUAACUUCCGAGCACGGAUGGAGAAGCUCCGCCGCCAAGCCGGGCAGCAGCGGGCACAGGCAGCCCAGGCCCAGAAACUCGCGGAGGGCGCCAGCGAGCGGGCACUGAGUGCCCAAGAGGGAUUCGAGAGAAUAAAGCAAAAGUAUGCUGAGUUGAAGGACCGGUUGGGUCGGAGCCCCAUGCUGGGAGAGCAGGGCAGCCGGAUCUUGAGGGUCAAGACGGAGGCAGAGGAACUGUUUGGGGAGACCAUGGAGAUGAUGGACAGGAUGAAAGACAUGGAGCUGGAGCUGCAGCGGGGGAGCCAGGCCAUCGUGCUUCGCUCAGCGGACCUGACGGGGCUGGAGAAGCACGUGGAGCAGAUUCGUGACUACAUUAAUGGGCGUGUGCUCUACUACGCCACCUGCAAGUGAUGCUCCAGCUUCCAGCCCCUGCCCUCUUUGCUUUUGGGGGCCAGACGGGGUUGGAAUACUUUCCAGCUCAAGGAGACUUUUAUGCAGCCUCCAGCACAGCCUGGACCACCCCUGGUGUGCAGCUGUUAAGAUUACUCUGGGCUGCAGCUGAGCCUGAGCGGAUGGGACAAAUACAUUUGAGGGACGGAGAUGGUGGAGGUGGGCCAUGUCGUUGUGACUAGGAGAUCUCAAGUGGAGGGAGCUUGGCUGGGCAGUGUCCUCGCCCUUCAUCCUCCAUUGAGGCCAAAUCCUGGACCAACACAAAAACUCCGCAAAAAGUGAUGUACAAAUGAAAAGCCCAAUAAAAAUCUUUGGAAAGAAACCUGGAGGUUCAAAGAGGGAAGAUGGUCUCUCUCCUCAUUAAGGAAACUUUUGUCACUUGCUUCUGUCUCCCAUUU